GCGUUUUAUGUACAACCGUCAAGGCGGGUCUGCGCUGUGCCGAGUUUACUGUUCACCAUUUCAGAGGUGUUCUUACAGGACAGGACGCGAGCAAACCUAGCAAAAUGGCUGAUCAACUGACAGAAGAGCAGAUUGCUGAAUUCAAAGAGGCCUUCUCACUAUUUGACAAAGAUGGGGAUGGCACCAUUACCACUAAAGAGCUUGGGACAGUGAUGCGAUCUCUUGGGCAGAACCCAACAGAAGCUGAACUUCAGGAUAUGAUAAAUGAAGUGGAUGCAGAUGGUAAUGGAACAAUAGACUUUCCAGAGUUUUUGACCAUGAUGGCAAGGAAGAUGAAAGAUACAGACAGUGAGGAGGAAAUCAGGGAAGCUUUCAGAGUAUUUGACAAGGACGGAAAUGGAUACAUCAGUGCUGCUGAGCUGCGUCAUGUCAUGACAAACUUGGGGGAGAAGUUAACAGACGAGGAAGUCGAUGAAAUGAUCAGAGAAGCAGAUAUUGAUGGUGAUGGCCAGGUCAAUUACGAAGAAUUUGUACAAAUGAUGACAGCGAAGUGAAAUCCUUGUACAGAAUUUCUUGUAUAAAACUAUUUGCCUUUUCUUUUUAAUCUAUGUAAAAUGUUUUGUUUUAAUUUCCCCAUCUUCUGCUGUCCAAAGGAACUGCAUGUGUAAAUUUGUUUUUGUUUUGCCCCUUUCUGCUCUUGGUAAUGUUAACAUUUUGACCUAGUGGGCUGUCACAGGAACAGGUGAUGGGUAUAGGCAGACAGUUUGGCUGGCACUAUCUUGAAUUUGUGCUUUUUGCUGUGACUGCUUGCCUGUCACCUCAUGAGUGGAGUUCAAAUGGCUCCAAUUCUCUCCUUUUUUUUUUUUUUUUUUUUUUGAGGAAAUGCUCUGCAUGGACAACGGACUCUAAAUAUAAAAAUAUAAAAGUGAAAGAAAAUUGCAACACUGCACUAUUGCAACAUCAGUGAAUUAAAUACUAACGGGUUUGUCAGGAGGCACUUUUAACCCCCACCCACCCCCUUUUUUGUGUAUUUCUGUUCUCUCGUUAUUACUAUGCUUUAUAAUUAGUCAUUUUUUUUCUUUGUUAACUGCUUAUGGCGCAGCCAUGCCUCAAAAAAUCCAUUCCAAGUUGUAUAUUUGUUUUCCAAUAAAAUUAACAAUUAAUCCCAAA